AGGCGAGCUGCGGCCCGGGUGCGGCCGCGCUUCGGGAGCGAGGGCGCCGCCGCCGCCAUCUAAGUCGCUGCGCCCGCCCGCGAGGCCCGGCGCGCGGAUGGUGCCGGUGCGGCUCGGGGGCUGAUCGCGCGUCCCCUCCCCCGUCCCCUCCCCCACGCGGUGGGCUCCCCUCCCACCCCGGCCGAGCCAUGUCUCGGGGUGGCUCCUGCCCACACCUGUUGUGGGACGUGAGGAAAAGGUCCCUCGGGCUGGAGGACCCGACCCGGCUGCGGAGCCGCUACCUGGGAAGAAGAGAAUUUAUCCAAAGAUUAAAACUUGAAGCAACUCUGAAUGUGCAUGAUGGCUGUUUUGGACAACAAUUCGUUCAGGGCAACCGAGCAAAUAUAUUUAGUGCAAAGUUCUUACCGUGCACAAAUGAUAAGCAGAUUGUAUCCUGCUCUGGAGACGGAGUGAUAUUUUAUACCAAUGUUGAGCAAGAUGCAGAAACCAACAGACAAUGCCAAUUUACGUGCCAUUAUGGAACUACUUAUGAGAUUAUGACUGUACCCAAUGACCCAUAUACUUUUCUCUCUUGUGGUGAAGAUGGAACUGUUAGGUGGUUUGAUACACGCAUCAAAACUAGCUGCACAAAAGAAGAUUGCAAAGAUGAUAUUUUAAUUAACUGCCGACGUGCUGCUACUUCCGUAGCGAUCUGUCCACCGAUUCCCUAUUACCUGGCUGUGGGUUGUUCCGACAGCUCGGUGCGGAUCUAUGAUCGGAGAAUGCUGGGCACGAGAGCUACAGGGAAUUAUGCAGGUCGAGGAACUACUGGAAUGGUUGCCCGUUUUAUCCCUUCUCAUCUUAAUAAUAAGUCCUGCAGGGUGACAUCUCUGUGUUACAGUGAAGAUGGUCAAGAGAUUCUGUUGUUCUCUUUCGAUACAAUAUAUCUUUUUGAUCCAAAAGAUGAUACAGCACGAGAACUUAGAACUCCUUCUGCAGAAGAGAGAAGAGAAGAGUUACGACAGCCUCCAGUGAAGCGUCUGAGACUCCGUGGCGAUUGGUCAGAUACUGGACCCCGAGCAAGGCCUGAGAGUGAACGAGAGCGGGACGGAGAGCAAAGCCCCAAUGUGUCAUUGAUGCAGAGAAUGUCUGACAUGUUAUCAAGGUGGUUUGAAGAAGCAAGUGAAGUUGCACAAAGCAAUAGAGGACGAGGACGAUCUCGACCCAGAGGUGCAACGAGUCAGUCAGAUGUUUCGACUCUUCCUGCCGUCCCGUCAAGCGCUGAUUUGGAAGUGGGUGAAAUGGCAAUGGACGUAGAUGCUCCAGCCGAGCAGCUUCUGCAGCCGUCUGUGUCCUCUGCAGCGUCCGCUCACGCUCACUCGACCGCAUCUCCUGGGGAAAGACCUCAAUCUCCCUCCCUGCUGUCUUCUCCAGACAGUGAACAGAGGCAGCCUGUCGAGGCAGCUGGACAGCACACACAUCAUCAGUCUGAACGUUUGAGGGGGCCCGAGAUAGCUUUGCUCCGUAAGCGCCUGCAGCAGCUGAGGCUUAAGAAGGCUGAGCAGCAGAGGCAGCGAGAGCUGGCUGCGCGUGCCCGACCCCAGCCUCCCACUUCUGAUCAGUCUGCUCACGAGGGCCCGGCCCAGGACCCUCUUGCUUCAGAUUCUCCUUCUUCUGUGGUUAACAAACAGCUCGGAUCCAUGUCCCUUGACGAGCAACAGGAUAACAAUAAUGAAAAGCUGAGCCCCAAACCAGGGACAGGUGAACCAGUUUUAAGUUUGCACUACAGCACAGAAGGAACAACUACAAGCACAAUAAAACUGAACUUUACAGAUGAAUGGAGCAGCACUGCCUCGAGUUCCAGAGGGACCGGGAGCCAUGGCAAGCCUGAGGGUGGGGAGGAGCCGCUGGUUCCCGAAGGUGCAGGGCAACCGCCAGCAGGAGCCCAGGAAGCAAAAGCUCCUGAAGAGUCAUCAGAGGAUGUGCCAACAUACCAGGAAGGCGCAGCUGCAGAAAACACAACUCAGAACCAUCUAGAUAUAGCACAAUCAGACAAGUUCACAUGUGAACCAUCGGAUUCCAGCUCAGGAGAAAGAAAUGACUUCAAUCUUGACAGCCCUUGUGGGGUUGCAGAAGAAUCUACUUUGUGUGAAACAGGCAAGGAAGCAGGCCCUUCAGAUCAGCCUGGCGCUGAGAGUGCUGGCGGUCACAGCACCAGCCACCCAGGGCCUCAGUGCCAGACGGAGGGUGUGGGGCCCGUGCCUCCCGAGGAAACAGCAGCCAGGGACUCCGCUCUCCAGGACACCGAUGACAGUGACGACGACCCAGUCCUGAUCCCAGGGGCAAGGUAUCGAGCAGGACCUGGUGACAGAUUUAAUAUCAGAGGAACAACAAUAGGUGAUAGAAUAAUGAGACGCUCUGCUGUUGCCCGCAUUCAGGAGUUCUUCAGGCGGAGAAAAGAAAGGAAAGAAAUGGAAGAACUGGAUACUUUGAACAUUAGAAGGCCACUUGUAAAGAUGGUUUAUAAGGGCCAUCGCAACUCCAGGACAAUGAUAAAAGAAGCCAAUUUCUGGGGUGCUAACUUUGUGAUGAGUGGUUCUGACUGUGGCCAUAUCUUCAUCUGGGAUCGUCACACCGCUGAGCAUUUAAUGCUUCUGGAAGCUGACAAUCACGUGGUGAACUGCCUGCAGCCACAUCCAUUUGACCCAAUUCUAGCCUCGUCUGGCAUAGAUUAUGAUAUAAAGAUCUGGUCACCACUGGAAGAAUCAAGGAUUUUUAACCGAAAACUUGCUGAUGAAGUUAUAACUCGGAAUGAACUCAUGCUGGAGGAGACCAGAAACACCAUCACGGUGCCAGCCUCUUUCAUGCUGCGGAUGCUGGCCUCCCUGAAUCACAUCCGAGCUGACCGGUUGGAGGGUGACAGAUCAGAAGGCUCUGGUCAGGAGAACGAAAACGAGGAUGAAGAAUAAGCAGCUCUGACUGGCAAGCAUUUCAGAUGUUUUGAAAUUUGUAUGACAGUCAUUCUAUUUUUUUCUUUACAGAGCUUCCGUGCAAUUUUAAGGUUCUGGGUUUUUGGAGUUUUCCCUCUUUUGGGGGAUAACCUAACAUUGGUUUGGGAUGAUUGUAUGCAUGAACUUGCGAGAGUGUGUAAAACAAAAGUAGCAAAAUGUUUUAAAACCUUUUUGCCAUGUAUGAGGAGUGCUAGAAAGUGCAAAGUGCAAUAUUUCCCCUGACCUUCAGACGUGGGAGCUUGAAUCAAUGUUGAACAGUAAUUUCCACGAUAGUGACAAUAUUGGUUCCAAUAAAUUUCUACACUCGCCAUUUGCAUGUUUGUUGCUUUCUAAUUAAAGAAGUUGGUUGUUUUAAGGUC